UCUACAGUCAGAGCCUCCACACGAGACUCCAGCGAUGCGAUAAAUACUGCACCUCUGAUAUCUGGCCAUUUUGCAUCAAUAUUACAGGAUUAAACGGUCAAGACGUUUGGUCUGCAGUUUACAGCGUUUUCAUGAUGCAGUUCUUGGAUUUGUGGACCACAUUCGCCCUCUCUAAGGAUUUUUACCUGACUUGAGAACCCUAUCUUAAAUGACAUCAUACUAAGAGGAGAACUGGAUACCCAGCUUCCCAGGUCCAGCAGCACCCCUCGGUGGCCUUUGGUGGGCUGCGCGUUGGAUUUAAAACCAACCAAGCCAGUCUGAACCAUGGAUGACCUAAUCGCCAGACACUACAACUUCACUGGGAAAUUCCGCAAGGUCGACAAAGACCCGGGACUCAGAGCGGACUCUGUCGUGUUCAUCAUCGUGUGCUGCUUUAUAAUCCUGGAAAACGUUCUGGUUCUCCUUACCAUCUGGAGGACCAAGAAGUUCCACAAGCCCAUGUACUACUUCAUCGGGAACUUGGCCCUGUCAGACUUGCUGGCCGGGGUGGUGUACACGGCCAACAUCUUGCUUUCGGGAGCCAACACGUACAGGUUGACCCCGACGCAGUGGUUCUUCAGGGAAGGGAGUAUGUUUGUGGCUCUGGCUGCUUCGGUGUUCAGUCUCUUGGCCAUUGCUAUCGAGCGACACCUGACCAUGCUGAAGAUGAAGCUCCACAACAAUGGUAAGACGUGCCGGGUCUUCAUGCUCAUCAGCACUGUGUGGUUCAUCGCUGCCAUCUUGGGCGGUUUACCGAUCAUGGGAUGGAACUGCAUCGAGAGGAUGAACAACUGCUCCACAGUUUUGCCACUCUACCACAAGACCUACAUCCUCUUCUGCACCACCGUGUUCAGCGUCAUCCUCAUGGCCAUUGUCGUCCUGUACGCCCGCAUCUACGCCCUGGUGCGCACGCGGAGCCGCAAGCUGGUCUUCCGCAAGGUCUCCAACGGCCGCUGCAACAACAAGAGUUCGGAGAAGUCCAUGGCCCUCUUGAAGACCGUCAUCAUCGUGUUGAGCUGCUUCAUCGCGUGUUGGGCGCCGCUCUUCAUCCUGCUUCUCCUCGAUGUGGCCUGCCAGAUCCGCACUUGCCCGAUCCUCUACAAGGCCGAGUGGUUCCUCGCGCUGGCCGUGCUCAACUCCGCCAUGAACCCUCUGAUCUACACCCUGACCAGCAACGAGAUGCGCCGGGCCUUCAUCAAGAUGCUCAACUGCGGCGUCUGCGACCAAGCGGCGGGAAAGUUCUCCAGGCCCAUCAUGGGCGCCGAGUUCAGCAGGAGCAAGUCGGACAACUCCUCCCACCCCAAUAAGGAUGAGCCCGAAUACUCGCCCAGGGAAACCGUAGUGUCUUCUGGGAACAUCACCUCUUCUUCUUAAAGGGACUUUUUGUGGACAUUUCCGUCUUGAGUGUGUUUGUUUGUGUGGCGUCCUCAUUGUUUGUGAUCCUUAAACGGUAGCAGAAGGCUGGGAGAAACCAGGAUUUGUCAUGCGCUUACAUUAAAGACUUCGUCUUCUGCUAUUCCUGACAGAUCGCCAGAAUGUUUUUGCAACAUAGGGAAGCACUUAACCAACCAUUAUUCCGAGUUUUUUUUAUCCCUGUCAAAUGGAUACCUGUAGACAAGCACUUUCCAGGGAAUUGCUCCUUGAGAACCACCAUAGGCAUUACUGACUCGGUCUAAAAUGGAUUGAUAUGAGAAAUACUAGCUUGUUGUGGUUGUUUGUACUACAUUUUUGGAAUUAAAUUGAAGAUAUGCCGUCAAGAGGUACUUGUCUUUCUUUGAGUUAACACUAUGGUAUUAGGAUGCUAUUGUGCCCCUGAUCCAGAAUGUAUUUUGUAAAUGCAUUUGUUUGUUACGGAGCCCCGCACAUGGCAUGCAGGAAAAAAUAUUAGGCUAAAUCGUGUGCAUGAUUUACUAAUUAAUUCCCUCGGUGUACUAAAACGUGCACAUGAUUACUCUUGUGUUCCCUUGAUUUACUAUUUCAUUCACUCGAUUUAUAAAUUGUGCGCACGAUUUAUUUAUUUUUUCUUACUUGUAAUGUGCGGGGCUCCGUAGUUUUUCUUCAACUUUCAACAAAUAAACUGUUGUUGUAGAAGAGUGUUGCAUGUACAUUAGCUGUCAAUAUUAAUUUAUCUUGAAACAGUUCCAAUUAAUUUGAAACAUGGAGGGAUGGAACUAAGUGUUGUGUUAAUUAAUUGUAAAUAUAUUUUAUUAUUUUACUUUAAAAGUACGCUGUGUUUCAUAGCUCGUGCACAUUGAUCUGCUCUGCCGCCCAUCAGGGGUAGUUUUGUCUUUGAUGGGUUGCAUGGCUUAACUCUAACGAAGUUAAUUCGAUGGGAUAGAAAUAUCUGGGGAAAUUAAGAUUAAUGUCUAUGUGAAUUUUCUGUUGGCCUGUCACAUUACAACAGAAUUAAUGUACACGCUUGUAUUUUUCUGAUCCUCAUACAUACAAUCAAAUCAUGAGCCAGUUGUAUCCCUGUUCAGAGUUGCACAUUGUAACAUCUAGUCCAUGUGUUUCUAUUCUUUUAGUUGUUAAUAAAUAUUGUUGAAGAAAAAGGAA